AUGUUGCGAGUAGAAGUGAUGCCAGGUUGUGGGAUCCGGAACGAUUACAUCGAAUUGGUCCUGGGUAUGCCUAUAAAUCAGGCGAUUUCUGCCUUACAGAAUGCAUCACGUCAUAUUCAGAAUAUUGAGCUGACUUACUCCUCCAAGGAACCGUUGUCUAGAGAUAUAAUGAUACGAUUGGCAAAAGAUGGCGUACGACUUUAUUUUGAGCCAAACUCACAGUUACUUCGGCUGAUUGAAGUAUACGAUUUGUCAAACAUUAUCUUACAAUAUGGUGGUGUGGUGUUCUCUAGUCCUAAAGAUGAAGCAGAUGUAAACAAAGUGGAAGGUUGUUUUGGCGCCACACAUCCUGGAGUCUAUGUUGCUGAACAAAGUUUAUAUGAAUUGAGCUGGAAAGGAUUGUCAUUCAGUUUUCCUACUCUAAAUGAAACCUCGAAAGUGCAAACUUCGUCAAUCAAUGCUACUGGCUUAGGAUCACUGCAUUUCCGGAGUAAUUCUCCACCACUUCUUGCGAAAAUGGCUAUUUAUCCCGAUUCAUACAACUCACAGAAACCACCAAAAAUCUCAUCAGCUUCGCUUUGUGGUGUUAUAUGUCCAGUUGAAGUGAAGUCCAUUAGCGAUGGAAGCAGAAUUUCAGGCUUAUUCUUCAUCUUUGCUGCAGAAACCCCAUUGGCCGAUAGUUCAAGUCGAAAACAAGCUUUUGGUUUAAGAAAAAUUGAACGGUCCAUUUUUUUGGCGACACUUCCGAGUGUUUUGUCAUCACUGGGUGCCCCAUCGAAAGUAUUUUACACGAAAGCAGAUCGAAUGUUAAUUCAUCGGGGAGAAGAUUCAAAAAAAUUGCGUGGACCGCGUCCUAAUUAUUUCUUCAAUUACUUCUCGCUAGGAGUGGACAUACUAUUCGAUUGUAUCACUAAUCGUGUCCAAAAAUUUGUGCUACACACCAAUUUGCCUGGCCACUUUGACUUUGGAAUAUAUGCACGCUGUAACUUCUGCAUUACUGUUACUGGUGGUCCGACCAUUACUCCUUCAUCAAAGCGGGAAAAUUUUUUCGGUAUCUUCUGCGGUGAUACAGCCAUACAACCAGUGGUACUCAGUAGGAGUGGAACGGAAAAUCCGUUUGGGUCAACUUUUUGCUACGGCACUAAUCAAGUUAUUGUCGAGGUGAUGGACAAUGGAUUUAUCGCAUCAGUUACUCUUUUUUAG